AUGGCUUCUCCAUCUCCGGCCCACUCGGCUGUAUCGUAUAAUUCGGUUCUCGAUCUUAAAGCACUUUCUCCCCAAGGUUGGAUUGUGCAAAAAUUCGGCGGUACUUCUGUGGGAAAAUUUCCAGAAAACAUCGUUGACAACAUCGUGAAGAAAUUCAGCAAAGAGAACAGAGUCGCUGUUGUCUGUUCCGCCAGAUCUUCCCAUACGAAAAGCGAAGGUACCACUUCCAGACUUCUCAAAGCCGCAGACCUUGCUUCGGAAAACGGCGACUUUACCACUCUAUUGCAAGUUAUUGAAGAUGACCAUGUGCAAAAUGCUCUGGAGCGGAUCUCCGACACGAAUAUAAAAGCAGACUUGGUCGAAAACACUCGCAAGGAGAUCGCCAGGGCUCAUGAGCUUUUACAUGCUUCGAUGAUCAUUGGCGAAAUCAGCCCUAGAACGUUAGACAGCAUAAUGUCUAUUGGCGAAAAAUUGUCGUGUCUUUUCAUGGCAGCGUUGAUGAACGACCACGGCUUGAAAGCUGUUUACGUGGAUUUGUCUGAUGUAAUUCCCUUGGACUACGAUUUCUCCAAAGGCUUUGACGACAGUUUUUACCAGUUUUUGGCUACGCAGUUGGGCAAAAUCGCCCAAGAUUUAGCGCCAGACGUCAUUCCUGUGUUCACUGGAUACUUCGGUACCGUGCCUGGUGGAUUGCUAAAUGGUGUCGGACGUGGUUACACUGACUUGUGUGCCGCCUUGAUUGCUGUUGGAGUCCAAGCAGAAGAAUUACAAAUCUGGAAAGAAGUAGAUGGUAUUUUCACUGCUGAUCCAAGAAAAGUGCCUAAUGCUAGAUUGUUGGAAAGUGUUACUCCAGAUGAGGCAGCUGAGUUGACAUACUACGGUUCCGAAGUUAUUCACCCAUUUACCAUGGAGCAGGUGAUUCGAGCCAAAAUCCCCAUCAGAAUAAAAAACGUGGACAACCCCUCAGGAAAGGGCACCAUUAUUUACCCAGACAACAUUGGUAGAAAGGGCGAGGAUACGCCGCCACAUCCUCCUGCUGCCUACGAGACUUUGUCUUCAAACUACAUCCAGACUCACAAGAGAAAAUCAGCCACGGCGAUCACGGCCAAGCAGGACAUUGUUGUUAUCAAUGUCCAUUCGAACAAGAAAACUUUAUCGCACGGCUUUUUGGCUAAUUUGUUUACCACCUUGGACAAGUUCAAGUUGGUUGUUGAUUUGAUCUCCACAUCCGAAGUUCAUGUAUCUAUGGCGAUGCAAAUCCAGCAAGACCAAGAGGCUCACUUGAAACAUGCCUUGAAAGAGUUGCGCUUAAUGGGUACUGUCGAUGUCACGAGAAAUAUGACAAUCGUCUCCUUGGUUGGUAAACAAAUGGUGAAUUUCAUUGGCAUUGCCGGUAACAUGUUCAAAGUUCUAGCUGAUGAAAAAAUAAAUAUUGAAAUGAUCAGUCAAGGUGCCAACGAAAUCAAUAUUUCCGCAGUGAUAAAUGCCAAGGACACCAUAAGGGCAUUGCAAUCGAUCCAUGCUAAGUUAUUGGAAGGUAAUUUUGGAUUUGCUGUUGACCAGUCAGCUCCGGACCUUAGGUUGCAGGCUCUCAAACUAGCAGAGUGA